CCGAGGACGCGAACCCGACCCCGCCCCUCCCUGUCCCUUCUCCCCUUCUCUGUGGCGCUGGACCCCCCGCCCCCACCCCACCCCCCCGCGCUCCUCGCGCCCCUCUCCUCCCCUCCCCCACGCCGCGGGCCCCUAGGCGCGCUCCUGGACCCUGGAGCGAGGCGAGGCCACAGGCCUGGCAGCUGAAAGGGGGUGCACGCGAGUAACAGCCGCGCGUGGCGGUGGUGCGCCACGGGGAGGUGGGCCGGGUGAUGCAUGAGAUCAGUUGCUGGGAAUGGGUAAAGGCCCCCCAAGCGCUGGGCGCAGUGACCACCAGAUCCAUGGAAGCUAAAGAAAUGCCCGCUGUUGUCCACCUCUGUGCCUCCGACUCUGCCCCAGGGGGUGAGACCAGAGCCCCCCCAGGCACGGAGCUUAUCCCCAGGAGAGCUGUCAGUCGCUCUCCCACCUGUGCCCGCUGCCGAAACCACGGCGUCACUGCCCACUUGAAGGGCCAUAAGCGCCUGUGCCUCUUUCAGGCUUGCGAGUGUCAUAAAUGUGUCCUCAUCUUGGAGCGCCGGAGGGUCAUGGCUGCCCAGGUGGCCUUGCGUAGGCAACAGGAAGCACAGCUAAAGAGGCAUCUGGCUCAGGGACUGAUGAGGAGAGCUGCAGCUCCUCCCAAAACUCCCAGCCAUGUCAAGAAGGGAGCCACUCAACCUGGGGUCCCCGCUGAAAAGGAAAACAUAGCACCCCAGCCUCAGAUGCCCCAUGGGGCAGUCCCACUGGCACUGACGCCCCCUGGGAAGGAUAACUCCCAAGGGCCUCUGCUGCUCAGUCGUCCCCCAGAAGCCUUGCCUUUGUCCUGGACUCCAAUGCCUCCAGGCCCUUGGGCUCCUGGACACUGGCUGCCUCCAGGACUUUCCAUGCCACCACCAGUGGUAUGCCGCUUGCUAUGCCAAGAACCUACUGUCCCUCUGCAUCCCUUUCCUGGCUUUGACCCUGGCACUUCCCUCCGGCUGCCCACUCAUGGGCUCCUCCCAACCUGCCCAGGAUCUCGCCCGAUACUGACGACUCCCCUUUCUGGAGAAUCCCAAGGGCCCUCUGCCCUGCCCCGCGCAUGCUCAACUCUGAUACUCCAGCCCUGUGGCACCCCAGACCCUCUUCUGCUGCAGCCACAGGCCCCUGGAGCUUCUCGCCUGACCUGGACUUCUGCACCCUCAGAGAGGCAGCUGCAGCGGGAGGCAGCUGAGGCUCUUGUGGGUCUGAAAGACUCUUCCCAGGCUCCCCGCCUGACCUCCUCUGUUCCUCCCAAUCCUCCUUGGAUCUCCCUGCUCCACCCCUGUGGCCCACCAGCUCCUGCUGGAGGAAGAGGAUUCCAGCCUGUUGGACCCUCUCUCCGACCCAGCCCAGCCCCCUCUGUGGCUCUGCAUAUUGGGCGUCUGGGCUCUAUCUCCCUCCUAAGCUAGAAGCCCAGAGAUGGAAGCCUUGCUGGGGAAGAGGCAACAGCCUGCGGGCACUGCAUAUUUGGUAUUUUGCUUCUGGAUUUAUGUAUGGAAUUUAAUGUAGUACAAGCUUCCAGCUUUUCUUUUUUUUUUUUUUUUCUUUACUUUUUUUCCCCUUUUUUUAAAGCUUUCAGGUGCUUCAUUAGCUUUUGGUUCCUUUUGUAGUAUGGGCAUUUCCUUGACUGAAGUGGUAUUCUCUUACUCACUGGGUCCUGGGACAUUUUUAAAUCCCCAACAAAGUGAGAGAUGUGCAGUUCAAGCUAACCAGUAUCUAAAUAGGUUUUUGCAUGAGUUCACUUUCCAGAAUACUUAUAUAACCUAUGAUUCUAUACAUACCUGUGCGCUCAUGUCUGUCUCCAUAUAAGCAAAAACAGGAGAGUAUUUUCAUUUUGUGUCUACCUUUGGGUGAGUAACUGAGAAAUAAAACUUUGUUGUUUU